GUCUGCCGCCCGAGUUGAAAAAUUUGAACUUUGGCGUAAAUUCGCGCCGCGUUAACCAAUCAGGAGCCUGCUUGCAGCUGUGGUGGCAGGCCCGUCCGGAGUCAUUCAUUCAACAUGGAGGAACGACUGAUAUUAUCAGUUAGCAGUCAUCCAGAAAUUUAUGACACAAGUUCCUAUUUCUAUAGAGACAGGAAUAAAAAGGACCUUGCUUGGAAGAGUGUCAGUGAGGAGAUUGGGCAACCUGAGGACGUGUGCAGGAAAAAAUGGAAAAGCCUCAGGGACACCUACCUGAAGGAGAAGAGGAAGGAGAUGGAGAAGAGGAGUGGGUCAGCAGCAGGGUCAGUGAAGAAGUGGAAGUACUCACAGAUCCUGGGAUUCCUUGAGCCCUUCGUCACCCCACGGGAGACCACCAGUAACAUGGGGGGGUUCGAGACCCAGGUCACAGAGUACAACUACCCCAGGGACCAGGGAGAGGGAGAGCCGGAAGCAGGGGAUACGGAAACAGAGCCUACAGAUAACGAAGAGGCUGAUCCGAGAUCCCCUGCUGCUUCUCCUGUCUCCCCAGUCCCUGGUUCUUCACCCCCUGCUGCUGUACCCACAGGCCAACAGAGGAGGAGAGGCACCCGGCGGCCCCGUGAUGGUCCGUCGGAGGUGGAGCAGACGCUGCUCCAACUCUUGAGGCGUCCUCCAGCCCCACCACCACCACCACCACCACUACCACCACAGUGUGCUGACGAGCACUUCCUCCUCAGCCUUCUGCCUUUUCUGCAGAGCAUGCAGCCUCAUAUUAAGGAAACUAUCAAGUUUCAAAUUUAUAAAUUAGCGAUGGAAAACAGCACCGUUGUGCUAAAUUUGGAACAAUCAGACCCCAACAGCCCACAGUAGGCUUUAAAAAAUAUGAGGCAGCAGGCUCUGCAGAAAACACAGAAUGCCCUCCUUCCUCUUCUCCUUCAUUUUGUUCCCUGAGGCUCUUCCACGUUCCAAGCGAGCUCCUUUUUUUUCUGUCUCUAUAUAGUUAAAUGGUUGUACAUUGCUUGUAUUUUUUUAAAAUUUAUAUUCAGAUUAUUUUAUG